AUGGCAGAAGACGCGCAAGAAGUCCCUCAACUCGCAUUAGAAGCUGUUAUUGGUUUUAAUGGUCAUGUGUUUUCUGGACUCAGAGUGCACCCAGACAAAGAACAUCUCAUUUAUCCUCUUGGCUGCACUGUUAUUAUUAAGAGCCUGAGAAGUGGAAAACAAACUUUCCUCCAUGGCCACACGAACAACAUCUCUUGCAUUUCUGUGUCCAAAAGUGGACACUAUAUUGCAUCUGGACAGGUCACGUUCAUGGGCUUUAAGGCUGAUGUUAUUAUCUGGGACUAUGAGAAAAAGGAGAUUUAUGCCCGUCUUGUGCUACAUAAAACUAGGGUUGAAGAUCUCAGCUUCUCCCCAAAUGAUAAGUAUCUGGUAUCUUUGGGUGGACAGGAGGAUGGCAGUAUCGUAGUGUGGAACAUUGAGAGUAAGGAGGCUAUAUGUGGCAGUCCUGCUUCAGCACAGAGUGCUGGUCACUGCCUCACGAUCGAGUACACCAACCUGAGCGAUGAAAUCUUUGUCUCUGCUGGGAAUGGAACUCUGCGUGUGUGGGAGCUUGAUUUGCCCAACAGAAAGAUCAGGCCCACAGAAUGUCAGACUGGACAGCUCAAGAGAAUUGUCAAAUGCCUGGAAAUCCCAAAUGAUGAUAAUUAUUUCUACUGUGGAACUACUAGUGGAGAUAUUCUGAAAGUGAACCUAAAAACAAGAUUGCUCAACAGCUGUGGUCCUGUUAAACAAAAAUUCAGCAAGGGAGUGAACGCUCUUAAAGUCUUGAAGACUGGAGAUAUUUUAGUUGGAUCAGGAGAUGGGAUGUUGUCUUUGUGCUCAGGAGGGAAUUUCAAAACCAUUAAGAGUGUUCAGUUGGAGGGAGGGGUGACAUCAGUGACCCUGCGUGGGGACGGACAGCAGUUCUACGUCGGGACAGAAGCAGCACAGAUCUACAAUUUAGGCUACACUGACUUCAAACCAGAGCUUAUUGCUACAAAUCAUAACAGUGCUGCAAAGGAUGUGGCCUUUCCUUUUGGGACGUCAGAGCUCUUUGCCACCUGUUCACAGAAUGAUAUACGAGUGUGGCAUGCUGAGUCCUCCAAGGAGCUUCUGCGUAUCACGGUGCCCAACAUAACAUGCAACGCUCUGGGCUUUAUGCAGGACGGCAGGAGCAUCUUCAGUGGUCAGUCUCAUACAAGAUGAUCUAUUAAUUGUAUUAUUAUAUUGAUUAUACUGCUAAUAAUUCAUAAUGCCCACAGUAUGGGAGUGACUGCCAUAGCAGCGACCAAUGACUGCAAGAGGAUUGUCAGUGGAGGGGGAGAAGGACAGGUGAGAGUCUGGGAGAUAUUCCAGAACACAUAUCGGCUCAUUGAGAUCAUGAAGGAGCACAAAGCUACAGUUAACUGCAUUAAGAUCAAGAGUAACGACAAGGAGUGUGUGACGGCCAGCUCUGAUGGAGCUUGCAUCAUCUGGGACCUGGUGAGGUUUGUGAGGAAUCAAAUGGUCUUGUCCAACACCCUGUUCAGUGCCGUAUGUUACCACCCUGAGGAAUUCCAGAUCAUCACCAGUGGCACUGACAGAAAGAUUGGCUACUGGGAGGUUUAUGAUGGUUCAGCAAUAAGAGAACUCGAGGGCUCCUUGUUUGGAGCUAUAAAUGGCAUGCACAUUUCUGAGGACGGAAAAUAUUUUGUGACUGGUGGAGAUGACAAAUUACUGAAGCUCUGGCACUAUUCUGAUGGUGAAGUGACCCAUGUUGGCAUCGGGCACAGUGGAAGCAUCACAAAUGUGAGGAUCUGUCACAACAGCAGAUAUAUUGUCAGUACCAGUGCCGAUGGAGCUAUCCUGAGGUGGAGAUACCCACAAACCUCAUAG